GCAGUCGUGGCACGGCUUUCGAUCAGUGACUUCCAGUGGCAGCAACGGAUUUGCUUCGGUACGCGAUUGAAUCUCCAGCAUCAGCAGUGUUUCCCAGCUCCAUAAGUGAAUCGUCGGGUUUAUCGAGCGUGUAAUUUGUGCUCCGUUCGCGAGAUUUAUGAUCCACGGCACCUGCCCACUGACAGCCUAAAUGUCUGUAGCCCGUACCCCUCGAUUCCGGCACCUCCGCUGGGUGGCCUGUCUGCUGGCCAGCCUCUGGUUUUCCGUCAGCCAGGCUCAGUUGCCAGGAACCGGAUUCCAGGGACAGCGUCCGCAGGUGCCUCCACUGCAGCCGCUGCAACAGCAGGCCAAUCCCUUUCAGCGACGCCAGCCGAAUCCCGUACAGGGUCAAGGACUGUUUCCUGGUCAAAGGAAUCCACUGAACCCACUGGCACCUCCACUAACUGGAGCUGCUCUACAGAAUCCCUAUACCCGCUACAACCAGUACCAGCAGCAAAACUAUGUGCCCAUCACUGCCUACCAAAACGAACUCAAUCUGGAUGGAAGCUUCUCCUACGGAUACUCGUCGGCCGAUGGAACCACUGCCCAGGCACAGGGAUACGUGAAGAACUUGGGGUAUGGUGAGGGAGUUGAGGCACAGGUGAUUCAGGGAUCCUACUCGUACACCUCACCGGAGGGCACACCCAUCACAGUGCGCUACAUCGCCGAUGAGAACGGAUUUCGAGCGGAGGGCACGGGGAUUCCAUCUAGCCCUCAAUAUUUCGCAGGUGCCCAGCCCUAUCAACAGGGCUUGCUCAAUCCCAAUUUGAAUCCAUACCAGACGCCCUUCCGCCAGCUGCCACCCCCACUGCCCAACGCCCCCUUUCGUCCCCAGCUUCCAGGACAACAGCCGCUCACUCCACUGCAGCAACAGCAGCAGCAACAGCAACAACAGUUGCAACAGCAACGCGGUUUCCAGCAGCAGCAGCAGCCAAACUCCGGGCAAUAUCAACCGGAACAGCCGUUCAAUCAGUUGCAUUCCGGCAACUUACCCGGUCAGUAUGCCGGACAAUUUGGCCAGCAAUCGUUUGGCAGCAAUCUUACUGCACAACAGGCACAACAGCAGCAGAAUCUCAACCAGCAACAGCAGCAGCAGCAGCAACAACAGCAGCAGCAGCAACAGCAGCAGAAGGAGCAGCAAAACGAGCAGCAGCAACAGGCCCUAAUCACCCAACAACUGAGGGGCAGACCGAACAACCUGGUGGAUCCAUAUGGCUAUAAUCAGUACGGCAGACGCUUCAAGAAGUCCCCAAAGAAAUAACGACAAAUUAAUGUCAUUUAAAUGAUUGAUUAGUUUGAAGAUGUAGUCGCAACUCAAAGGCAUGAAAUACAUGCAUCUGAAAAGUC